AUGAUGCCUGAACUGGAACUGGUGGAAUCCCUACUAGUCACCGAUGUUGGUGCCUUUUCUGCUCUUGUCGGAGUAGCUACUCUUGGUGCUUUUGGCUUAAGGAAGCAACUAUCGGACGAUGUGAUCGUCCGCCCAUUAUUUAUUCUUCACCCCGCUUCUGGUCUUCCCACAUGCAACUGGUAUGCGCAAGAAGGAGAUCUUUCGGAAGAUCAGAAAGAAUGCCCUGUUCCGUUUGAAAGGAAUAGGCCUUAUCCAGUGGGAUCUCUUGGGUAUUCCAACCAAGUACUAAAGAACCGGCGGUUAUUCGGCAUCUUCAAGCGAGUGAGUGGCCUUCAGAAGACGAGAAGUAACCGUUGCCUAUCUGCUGUGAGAGUUGCCGCUGUUGGCAUAGAGGCUCUUACUGUGAUCGUAGAAGCUCCUAUUGAAUCAGCUGCACAUUCAUCUCUAGAGGAGCUUGUUCUCGAAUACCCUCUUGCUGCAAGAAAAGAAGGGGUUGCUAUUGAAUCGUCUGUGAACGAAUCUGCUGCAGGAAGGGCCCCAUCAAAGGAAACUGCAUUCUAUCGUCUAGAUCGCUUCCCAGCUUACUCAGGAAAUCCACUCCCUUCCUCACUGACCUAG